GCUGCUUUGAUUAGCCUUAGCUCAGAAGAGACUUAGAGUUCGUUAUCAGCUGGUAUAUUUUUUGUGGAUUAGAAAAGGGUAGCUAAUAGCGGUGUUUUUUCGCUGAUAUGUUUUGCUAAAAAUAUUUUUUGAAAAAUACCAAAAAAAUAGUUCCUACUUUAGCAUAAUUAUGUCAGUUUAUAAUUAUAUUUCUUAAUGACAACAUUAGAAAUAAUUUUUAAAUAAACCGGAUCAAAAUGAAAACAUUUAAUUUAUUACUUUUAAAUUUAUGUUUAAUAACAAUAACGUCUUUGGCUUCAGCAGAUCUAGAUGCUAAAGAGGGACGUGUUAUAGCAGAGUGCUUAGAUCGUUUUGGUGGUCCUACUUUAGAGAAUGCCGAACGUUUACAGCGUUUUAAACAGUGGUCUGAUACCUAUGAGGAAAUUCCCUGUUUUACUCACUGUUAUCUAAGUAAAAUGUUUGAUUUCUAUAACGAAACCAAGGGCUUCAAUGGACCUAAUGUUAUCAAACAAUUUGGCAAUGUUAUCUAUGAGGCCUGUAAAGCAAAACUAGUAGAGGGCAAUGAUCAAUGUGAAGUGGCCUACAGUGGUUUCCAUUGCAUGGUUAAUCUGGAAAAUGAUCCUUUUGUAGUAAUUGAAAGUAUGCAGGGCUUAAAUGCCGAUGCCAAAUUGGCCAUGAAAGAUUGCUUGCACAAAUUCGAUCAAUAUGAAUGGCAACGAUUUGGUGAAUAUAGCGAUUAUCCCGUUAAGGAACCCAUACCUUGCUACACUCGUUGUUUUGUGGAAAAAUUACAAUUGUUCAAUCAUCGUUUACGCAAAUGGAAUACUAAGAGUAUGCUUGAGAAAUUAGGUUUCCCAAAUGAGAAUGCAAAUAUAUCCGCUUGUUUAGCUAUGGGUCAGAGACGUACACGUAACUCAUGUGCCUGGAUGUAUAGAGAGUUUAUUUGCUUUUUAAUGUCUAGAAAUCAAAAUAAUGUAGAAAAGAAAUAUUAAAUUAGUGUUGUUUAAUUUUAAAUAAAAUAUAAGAGUAAUCAUUGUAAAAUGUUGAAA